AUGACAGCCUUUCAAAAUUCUGGAACCAUCAUUAUUAACCCGUCAAGAAGUCCACAUAAACAAACAAUCAUCCUCCUGCACGAUCGCGGCGGCGACGCUACUGGUUUUGGCCCUGCCAUACUUUUCAAGCCUUUGCGUGUCCGUCGUCUAAGAUCCAAUAUCUACCACAGUUCUCAGGAAACAACCACAUUGAAAGCAAAAUUUCCGCAUGCAAAAUUCAUAUUCCCGACCGCAGCGAGUCAAUAUUCCAAGGCUUCGGGGCAUGAUUUGAACCAGUGGUUUGAUAAUUGGCCACUUCACGCUACUACUAAUGACCCUGAUGAUCAAAUGCAAAAUGAGUGGCGCAAUAGUCUACCGAUUUCUGGACUCAGACAAACUGUCAGGACGCUUCACGAACUCCUGGAAGCCGAAAUAGGUGAACUGGGGGGCAAUGCAAGCGGAAUAGUCCUCGGGGGCUUCGGCCAAGGAUCUGCGGCGAGUUUUAUUUCUGCCCUCCUCUGGGAAGGCAAGAGUUUGGGAGCAUUGACUGGGAUGUGUGGUUGGCUGCCUUUUGUGGAAGAUAUUACAAGGGCAGCACUGAACGAAGAUGCCGAUAUGACGCCAGCCGACAACGGUGAUAACAGGGAGACUGACCAGAACACAGCAAUACAAAGGGGGGUGAAUAAGUUGAGAGACAUUCUUGAGCUACCCUCCUCAUCUACUGCAAGCUUAUCGAGUAACGCUUCAAUUCAAAACACUCAGCUUUUCAUAGCACACGCGGCCCAAGACGGUACGGUACCUAUUGCGUUAGGCCGGCGAGCAGGGAAUUGUCUGGAGGCACUAGGACUAGAUGUCGAACGAAAGGAAUACAUGAAUGGUGGCCAUGAAUGUUCAGAGGAAAUACUUUGUGACCUUGUGGACUUUCUGUGGAAUACAUUGGAUUCUUAA